AUGUCUGAGAACAUCCUUGAAGAAGACAAAAUCGGUGGAAAAAGAACAUUCGGUGAAGGUGAUAGCGAUGACAGUCGACGAGGCUUGUCGAAACGUCGCAGAGCCUCACGCGGGGACGUCGAGGACGACUUCAGGGCCAGAGAAUCUGAUCCACAGAGUCCAUCGAACGUGAGGCUCCAACGCGAAGACUAUACUCUGGGCUGGAUAUGCGCUCUUCCUAUCGAGUUGGCCGCUAGUCGUGCCAUGAUGGAUUGCAUCCACGAGACCUUACCAACCCCAGAAAACGACAGCAACGCGUAUAUCCUCGGAAAUAUCGGGACGCACAAUAUUGUGAUGGCGUGCUUGCCCACCGGUAACUUUGGCACAAACAACGCGGCAGAUGUGGCGAGUAAUUUGUUACGAAGCUUCACAUCAGUUCGAGUUAGUUUCAUGGUUGGAAUCGGCGGAGGCGUUCCAAGUGACGCAGUCGACAUUCGACUAGGCGAUAUCGUUGUCGGAGAAAGUGUGAUACAGCACGACCUCGGGAAAAUGACGAGUCAGGGAUUGCAAGGAACGGCAUCCGCGACUAAGCCGCCCCUGGUUUUGCUCAAAGCGGUUUCCAAACUCCGGGCAAUUCACGAAUCGAUGCAAAGUCUGACCCCUUUUUUCUUGAACGAUAUGCAGGAGCGGUAUUCAGAACUAUCCCACUAUAGUUACCCAGCCUCAGCGAAUGAUCGGUUAUUCGUCGCUGCAUACGAACACGAUCGGUCGACGGUGACGGACUGCAGCAACUGCAGCGAGCGUGAGAUACGCUAUCGGAGGCGACGGGGGACGACCAAUCCUAGGAUUCAUUACGGUGGUGUUGCAUCAGGGAACCAAGUCAUCAAAUCUGGUUUGAUUCGAGAUGACUUGGCAGAGAAGCUUGGAGUAAUUUGCUUUGAGAUGGAAGCUGCCGGUGUCGCAAAUACUUUACCAGGCAUAGUGAUCCGUGGUAUCUGCGAUUACUCCGAUUCACACAAGAAUAAGCAAUGGCAAAGAUACGCGGCUGCUACGGCGGCGGCUUACACCAAAGAGCUUGUCACGGCUCUCACGCCAGACAGCAUCGUGGAUCCUUAUCCGCGGGGAACGCCCAUCGAUAAUUGGCACAAGAAACUCCAAAUCUGUCGAAAGCACCUGUUGCAAUCAUUGCGAUUUGAUCAGAUUGACGCUCGCUAUAAAGACAUCAAGACAGCACAAAUAAAGACGUGCGAAUGGCUACUUCAUGAUCCUUUUUAUGAACAAUGGCUUGAUCCCUCCCUGUCGUCCAAGCAUCUUGGAUUUCUAUGGCUCAGCGGGAAGCCUGGUGCCGGAAAGUCAACAAUCAUGAAAUUUGCUUCUACCCGCGCGAGCAAGACAUCUGGGAAAGACACCGCCAUAAUUUUCUUUUCCUUCAACGCUCGGGGCCAAGCUAUCGAGAAGACCAUAUUUGGACUGUACCGAUCUCUUCUGUUUCAGAUUCUUGAAAGAUUUCCGGAUUUACAACAAGUUCUUGACGACCCAGCAUUAAUCUCAGUUGAGCGGAUAAAGUGUCCGACGGUGGAUGCUCUCCAGGAAUUGCUCCGCGACGCCAUCCGGGCUCUUGGUCAGCGGCAUUUGAUCUGCUUUAUUGAUGCCCUUGACGAGUGUGACGAGACUCAGGUCCGGGAAAUGGUUGUAUUCUUUGAAGAUCUUGGAGAACAAGCCGUGGAAACUGGUGUCCGGUUAAACGUCUGUUUCUCGAGCCGUCAUUAUCCUCACGUUAAUAUCCGACACAGUCUAAAGCUUACCCUUGAGGCUCAGCCUGGUCACGGACAAGAUCUCGAAAAAUACGUCAACAGACGUCUCAGGGUUGACGAAAGUCCAAGGGUGGACAAUCUUCGGGCCGAAAUUCUUCAUAAGGCCGGAGGUGUCUUCAUGUGGGUUGUUUUAGUCGUGGAAAUCCUGAAUAAAGAACUUACCAGAGGUUCUUGGUUCAGAGCUGAAAAACGACUACGCGAAAUACCACGUGGGCUGAGUGAGCUAUUUCAGGAUCUCCUGAGACGCGAUGACUACAACAAAGACGAGCUCCUGCUUUGUAUCCAAUGGAUUUUGUUUUCGGCAAGACCUAUGACUACGCAGGAAUUCUAUUUCGCGAUGUUGUCCGGACUUCCCGAUUUCCAUCAGGAGAUGGCUGCGUACAACCCCAGAUUAGAUGCCGAUAAAAUGAUGAAGCUGUUCAUCGUCGGCUCCUCUAAAGGACUAGCUGAGGUCACCGAGUCGGGUCGCGGUACCGUACAAUUCAUACAUGAGUCGGUGGCCGAUUUCUUCAUGAAGGACGGUGGCAUCAAAGAUCUUUGGCCCGAACUGGAUGGCAACUUUCGAGCUCUGAGUCAUGAGAAACUGAAACAAUGCUGCUUUUCUCAUGUAGGCCCUCACAGCGUUGCCGCUAAUCUAUCACUGGAGAUACGGAAGGCUCGCUGCAUGAUCGCCGACAAGUUCCCAUUUCUGAGAUAUGCGGCUAAACAUGUACUUCAUCAUGCCAAUGCAGCAGCGGAAAGCCUCUCUCAAGAUGAGUUUACGGACCAGUUCCCACUGAAGGACUGGGUGCGUCUUACAGACUUACUUGAAAACGGUCGAUUUUCCCGGAGCACUUCGACAACCACGUUCGUAUAUAUUCUGGCGGAGAACAACUUCGUCACGCUCUUGCAACAUUAUAUUCGCCGCCAUCCGGAGGUUCAUCCCAAAGGAGAAUGGUACGGGUAUCCCCUGUUUGCUGCUCUGUCUAAGGGCCACUGGGCUGCCGCCAAGACACUCCUUGGUCAAGCCGAUCCCUACUGUGAUCAUAACGAACUGUUCUUGUCUACGAAUCAUUAUCGCGAUUUUGGCUCUUUCAAAGGAGCCGAUUCGACACCACUUCAUUGGUCUAUUGAGACAGGUCACAAAGCUCUCGCCAAAAUACUGAUUGACUCGGCUCACUUCGAUUGUACAAGUCUGAACACGAAAGGCCAGUCCCCAGUUCACUCGGCUGCGAUCGCCGGCAACAAGGAUGCGCUAGUCUUGCUGCUGGGAAAAUGUGGUUCAUCUGAUGAACAGGUGACUGACGAAUCGAAUUCGUUAUCGAGAGCUGUGAAAACAAUUAGCGACCCACAAAGCAUCUACCGUCAAGAAAGACUGAGACACAUCAACUUGAGAGACCACUCUGGAAAGCGCCCAAUAUCAAUAGCUGUUGGGAGACACCACCCAGACCUUGUACAACAGCUUAUCGAGUGGGGAGCAACGCUCGAUGAUGAUAUUUUUACUCCUGGCUCGACGCGUUCAACAUUGCUUUCCCUUGCUUCGCGGCAUGGUCAUUUACAUGGUGGACUCACACAAUUGCUUAUUGAUAGGGGGUUGGCAACCAUACAGACUUUCUUAAGGUUAGCUAUAGUACGUGAUGACUUGAUGGCAAUGCAAGUGUUGGAAGAUGAGGCGUCUAUAGAUGAUGUGGACGCAAAUGGUCAUACGCCUCUCGAAAUAGCUUUUAUGCAUGGUCGGCUUUCAAUGGCCGAGAGGCUAGUUCGUCGAGGGGCGAAUAUCGAGAGGGUAAAUCAGCAUGGUCACGCUCCUCUCCAUCACGCAGCUUUUCAUGGUAGUAAGACCUUGGUGAAGUUGCUGAUUGAUCUAGGGGCGACCAUUGAUCAUCAGGAUUUAAGUGGGCAAACAGCUCUACACACAGCAGCUUCCUUUGGUCAUUCAGAUGCAAUCAAGGUUCUGCUAAAGGAGGGUGCGUCUACACGAGUAGUAGACAGUCAUAGAAUGACACCUCUACAACUGGCGAUGCAUCAAGGCCGCUUCAGGGCUGCAAAUAUUCUGCUGGGAGGCAAAGGCAGGCUUCGAUUCUUAGCCUGA